AUGCGGCCGAGCACAACCGGCGGCAGCGAACACGUCGUUUGGGACGCUCAUGGAAUCCUGGGACUCCAAUGGCAAGACGGAAGUGCUCCUCGCACCGGACGCAGCAGAAAUCCCAUUAAUCUCGACACCAUUGGUAGACAUCUCGCCGGCGCCGGAACAGCACGGCCGCCGCUGUUAGACGAACUGAUGCAGAUUGGAAUGGAGAAGACGACCCGCUGCGUGGCUGUGGUUUAUCCCACGCCAGCCAACCCAGCCGCGCGAGGGGGUGUGCCUGACAAGAUUCUCUCACAUGUGCUGUUUCGAAGGACCUAA